GAUCGAUUGUCCAUUCUACAAGAGCGUAAUUUAUCCAUUCUCUGAACGCGAUUUGCAGCCCCUCUUGACGUCGUGGCGUGACUCCACUCCCUGUCCCCUAUGCUCGAUCAAAUCCAAGCGUCGUCGAGGCUCUACUUUUCGUCGCGUGGUCAGGGGGCCAUCUGUCAGACGUGCGCAAGACGGCGCGGCAGGGCCUGGGCUCGCCUCGUCGCACACGGUAAAACAAGCGCGCAGAGCGCGGACAUUGGGCGCGGGCCACUGUGGGGGGAUAGGUUCCGGCUCCACACCCACUCUCGAAGCUCUCCCCACACCUUUGUGCCUCUCCGCCAUCCUCAUAAAACGGGCCUUGUUGAGGCCGUCGUCAGUCCCCAUCCAAGACGAGCCAGACGAGCAGAAAAAAACAAGAAAAAAGCCCAAGAUGGUGAAGAGGUAUCUCAAGAAGCAAAUCGACGUCGAUGCCGGCCUAGAGGUGGGCUCCUCCUCGCCGCAGGUCGUCGCCGUCGUCAGCAGCGUGAUCCAAGACAUUCGCACCAACCAGGACGCGGCGGUGCGCAAGUACUCGGAAAAGUUUGACAAAUGGUCGCCGGCGUCGUUCAAGCUGUCCGAGGCCGAGAUCAACGCUGCGAUCGCGGCGUGUCCAGCACAGACGAUCCGCGACAUUGAGCAGGUGCAGCGCAACGUGGCCAAGUUUGCCAAGUGCCAGCGCGCGUCCCUGACAGACUUUGAGAUCGAGACGGAGCCCGGGGUGCUGCUGGGGCAAAAGAACGUGCCGAUCAACUCCGUCGGCUGCUACAUCCCCGGUGGCCGCUACCCGCUGCUGGCGUCGGCGCACAUGACCAUCCUCACGGCCAAGAUUGCCGGUGUGCCCAACGUCAUUGGCUGCACGCCGCCCAUCGAGGGCAAGAUUCCCAACGCCACCGUCGCAGCGAUGCACAUGGCAGGCGCCGACCAGAUCUUUGUGCUGGGCGGCGUGCAGGCCGUCGCGGCCAUGGCCGUGGGCACCGAGACAAUCGACAAGGUCGACUUCCUCGCAGGACCCGGCAACGCCUUUGUGGCCGAGGCCAAGCGGCAGCUCUACGGCCAGGUGGGCAUCGACCUGUUUGCCGGCCCCACCGAGGUGCUCAUCGUGGCCGACGACAGCGCGCGGCCGCUGACGGUCGCCACCGACCUCAUCUCGCAGGCCGAGCACGGGCCCGACACGCCUGCCGUUCUCAUCACGACUUCCGAACGCGUCGCCAAGGAGUCGAUGGCCAAGGUCGAGGAGCUCCUCGCCGGCGGCCUGUCGACGGCUGCCGUCGCCAGCGUCGCGUGGAGGGACUGGGGCACCGUCGUUGUCGUCGAUGACCUCGACGAGGCCUACACCCUGGCCGACGAGUAUGCGUCCGAGCACGUGCAGAUCCUCACCAAGCGGCCGCGCGAGGCGCUGGACAAGAUGCGCAACUACGGCGCCCUCUUCCUCGGCGAGCGCACCUGCGUGUCGUACGGCGACAAGGUGAUUGGCACCAACCACGUGCUGCCGACGCGCAAGGCGUCGCGCUACACGGGCGGCCUCUGGGUCGGCAAGUACCUCCGGACCGUCACGUACCAGGAGGUGGUGCGGGACGAGGCCAGCGGCCAGCUGGGCAGGCUGUGUGGCCGGGCAGCACGCGCCGAGAACUUCGAGGGCCACGCCAGAUCGGGUGACCUGCGCGCCAACCUCUUCCUCAAGGACUCAUUUGACUGGAUCAAGUAAUAGAGACGCAGCUGUUUUGACUAAUGUUUCAUCUAUUGUGG